AUGAGCACCUACAACCCUCUCAUACUCCAGCAGCUGGCACCAGAGGGGCUUCUGGGGAAUGAUGCCAUAGACUUCUCUGAUCUGGAGUACCUGCCCGUUAUGCUCUUCCCACCACUCUUCAUAGAGGCUUUCAAUGGCAGGCACACAGAGAUAGUGAAGGCAGUGGUGGCAGCCUGGCCCUUUCUCUAUCUCCCUGUGGGGGCACUGAUGAAAAUCCCCAUUGAGGAGAUGCUGCAACCUGUGCUGGAUGGCAUAGAUAUACUGCUGACAUAGAAUGUUCAUCCCAGAAGGUGGAAGCUUAAAGUGUUGGACUUGAGAGAUGUGCACCAGAAUUUCUGGGAUGUAUGGGCUAGAAGAAAGGAUGGAGUCCACUCAGCAGAGACUGGGAGUGAGAAGCAAGUAGCAGAGCACAUUCCUAGAAAAGCACCGAGGCAAGGUUUGAAGAUGAUCACUGACCUGAGCCUCGGCUUCUUCCUGAGCGACUACCAAGCAUGCUUGCUGCAGUAGGCCCAGCGGAGAAAGGACUCUUUGAGAAAAGGCUCUUUGAGGUUAUGCUGUCCAAAGACGAAGAUUUGUCACAUCCCUGUACAGAUUAUCAGGGAGUUAUUAGAGGUUUUCAAGCCAAGCUAUAUCAAUGAAUUGGAACUAUGCACAAACCAGAUUGUGUCUUUCCUGGAUCGCUUUGCACCUUACUUUGGAAAGAUGCAAUAUCUUUGCAAAUUAAAACUAAUCUCCAUCAACUCAAACAGGGACAUAAUUUCAGAUACAUUGCCAGAGAAAGAGGAGAAGGGUAGUGCCACAUUCCUUUCUCAGUUCUCCAAACUCAACCAUCUCCGGCAUCUCUACAUGAAUGAUGUCUACUUUUCCAAUGACAACAUGAAAUAUUUAUUCAGAUACCUGACGGCUAUUUUGGAGUCCUUGUCUAUCACUCUCUGCCCUCUCUCAGAGUCAGACUUGAAAUAUAUGUCACAGAGUAUCUGGUUUUGUCAACUGAAACACCUGCGCAUCAAAGGUAUAGUGUUAUCCAUGUCAAGAGUCACACAUCUCAGAGUUCUCCUAGAGAAAAUAGCAGACUCUCUGCACACCCUAGAGUUGGAGCACUGUAGGAUGAAGGACUCUCAGAUCAGUGUACUUCUGCCUGCUUUGAGCCAGUGCUCCCAGCUCUCCAGGAUCAAUUUCUUUGACAACAACUUCUCCAGUCCUGUACUGACUGACCUUCUGCAAUGCAUGGCCAAUCUAAGCAAGUUGACUGUAGAGAGGUACCCUGCCCCUCUAGAGUGCUAUGAAGACACGGGUGAUGUUGUGGUGGGGAGAUUUUCCCAACUGUGUCCUGAGCUUGUGGAUAUACUCAUGGCCAAAAGGCAGCUCAAGACAGUCUUCUUUGCUACAGUCCCCUGCUCUCUUUGCUGGAUGCGCUGUGUCUAUGACAUGAAGACCAGACUUUGCCAUUGUUGGCAGUAA